UGCACAGAGCUGUGCGUGGACCGGAGGAGCGUUCUGUUUUCAUACUGAGGUUUUUAUUCUACAGUCCGGUUCUGAGGGCUGGUCCUGAGUGCUGGUUCUGAGUGCUGGUUCUGAGAUCUUCAUGGGCGGGAAGAAGAAGAAAUCCGCACCUGGCGGCUCAGCGGCCGGGGCUCCAGAUGCUGCAGCAAAGAAACAACCACAACAACAACCACAACAACAACAACCUCAACUACAACCUCAACAGCAGAAAGCAAACUGCAGUAAAACUAAAGCACCGAAGACCUACAGCCUCUCGAGCAGCAACUCAUCUCAGGGGGGCAGCGGUGCAUCUGGGGACCAGGCAGUUCUCAAAGUUGUUCUUCAUCCUGAUCUGGAGAAAAAGAUCAUCAAGCUGAUUAACGAGCACAGAGAGGAGCAUGCAGAGAAAGGCCCGAUAUCCGGCAGAAUCACUUCUAAGAAGCUGUUGGAUCUGUACACGGCUCUGCAGAAGUUCGGCUUUAAGACGCAGCACAUCGAGGAGGCCAUGAAGAGCAGCGUGCUGUACGGAGGCGACCUCCACUCAGCGCUCGACUGGCUCUGUCUCAAUCUCAGAGACGAUGAGCUGCCGGAGGGCUUCAGCCAGAGUUUACGCGAACAGGAGCGCAGCAAGAGCCGAGCCAAGUUUCAGGAUCGGCAAGAAGAGAAAAGCAGAGCUGUGAGCCAACCCAACAUCCCCAAACCUGAGGAACAGCAGCGAGCCAAGGUGAAAGAAGACGGGACGAGUAUGAAGGAGUGGAUUCUGAGAUACGCAGAACAGAACGAGGAGGAGAGCAGCGAGGAAGAGGAGGAGAGGAACGGAGACGGAGCUCACGGCCCAGAGACGGACAAGAAAUUCGAUCCGAACGAGCGCUAUCUGACGCUAACGGCUCAGCUGUAUGACGCGAUGGAGAUGGCCUCGGACGCCAAAGCCAAGAAGGACAAAGCGGGACAGCGGAGUGCGCAGGACCGCAUCCGGGUCAUACAGCAGGAGAUGAAGCCGUUGGAGUCUCACCCGCUGUUUAACCCGGCGAUCAAAAUGACCGAGGCUCCUAGAGCAGAGAAGAAACCUUCUCCCGCUGUUGCCUCGAACGACGAGCUCAACUUCAACCUGUUCGAGAAAGCCGAUCAAACGCCCGCAGAGAAACCCGAAAAGGCGAAGAAGGAGCCGAAGGACGUCCGUGAUUUCGACUACACGGGACGCAGCUGGACGGGAAAGUCGCCCAAACAGUUCCUGAUCGACUGGUGCAGGAAGAACCUGCCUAAAAGCCCGGCGCCGUCCUUCCAAAAAGUUCAAGCUGGGAGACACUGGAAGUGCAAGGUGCGUAUUCAGAGGCCGGAUGACGUGUUGGAGGUUUGUCCCACCAUUGUGACGGAGGACAGCAUGCAGGCUCAGCACUUAGCAGCCACGCUUGCUCUCUAUACCCUGGUUAAAGGACAAUCUGUCCAUCAGCUCCUCCCUCCUCCGUACCGGGACGUUUGGUUGGAGUGGCGUGACGGAGAGCAGCAGCAGGAGGAGCGCACUCGCACGGCCAUUAACAAACCACGCGACCAGUUCAUCUCCCGCCUCCUCGCCCGCGUCAAACAGCAGCAGCCCCUAACGGAGGCCGGGGCCACAGACACGAGCCCCUCACACGGCCCCGAGGACUCAUGGGAAGCUCUGGCGGACGCGGAGGACGAGGAGAAAGAAGACAGGAAGGAUGAGAAGGACGAGGAAGAGACGUCGCGCUCGCUGUUUUUACAGCUGCGUGACUCAGGGCUAGCACUCAGGUUGUUGACCGAGCGCCAGCGGCUCCCUGUGUUUCAGCACCGCUCACGAGUGGUCGAGGCUCUAAAGCGCCACCGCGUGGUGGUCAUCGCGGGAGAGACAGGAAGUGGGAAAAGCACCCAAAUCCCUCAGUUCAUCCUGGAGGACGUGCUGGGAAAAGACGAGCGGAAAACUGGGAGGUGUAACAUAGUGGUGACUCAGCCGAGGAGGAUCUCGGCCAUGAGCCUCGCCAGCAGGGUUAAUCAGGAGCUGGGGAGCGAGGACCAACCGGGGAGCAGGAACUCGCUGUGUGGAUAUCAGAUCCGGAUGGAGAACCGCUCCAGUGCGUCCACACGCCUCCUUUACUGCACCACUGGCGUCCUGCUGAGGAAACUACAACAAGAUCCGCUCCUGUCCUCCGUCACACACGUCAUCGUCGAUGAGGUCCAUGAGCGCAGCGUGCAGUCGGACUUCCUCCUGCGCAUACUUAAGGACGUGGUCCACAAGCGCUCCAACCUGCACCUCAUCCUCAUGAGCGCCACGGUGGACUGCGACAAGUUCGCUCUCUACUUCAACCGCUGUCCCGUCAUCACCAUCCCGGGCAAGACCUUCCCUGUAGAGGUGUUUCACUUGGAGGACAUAGUGGAGGAGACGGGCUACGUGUUGGAACAGGACUCGGAGUACGCUCAGAAAUUGAUGGAGGAAGAGGAGGACAUCAGUGUGUCCGUCUCGCAGAAAGGAGGACGAGCUGUGCAGUACCAGGAGACGAUCGUGCGCAGCCCCGGUGCAUGCUGGGAUCUGGGCCCGGAUCUGGAUCAUUUCAGCAGUCGGACCCGUCAGGCUCUGCAGCACAUGAAUCCCAACAAGAUCAACAUGGAGCUCAUCCUGGAGCUGCUCGAUUACCUGGAUAAGUCGCCCCAGUUUGCGUCAGUAGAGGGCGCCGUGCUGCUGUUCCUGCCCGGCCUGGCUCACAUCCAGGAGCUCUUUGACCUCCUCAGCACCGACAAGAGGUUCAACUGUAAGGACAGGUAUAAGCUGGUUGCUCUCCACUCGACGUUCUCAUCUCAGAACCAGGCUGCAGCGUUUACAGCACCGCCUGCUGGAGUCAGGAAGAUUGUUCUGUCUACGAACAUCGCCGAGACUGGGGUGACCAUUCCAGACGUGGUGUUCGUCAUCGACACGGGGAAGACUAAAGAAAAUCGGUAUCAUGAAGGCAGUCAGAUGAGCUCUCUGGUGGAAACCUUUGUAAGUAAAGCGAGUGCGGUCCAGAGACAGGGGCGAGCUGGACGCGUCCGAAACGGUUUCUGCUUUCGCCUCUACACUAAAACCAGGUUUACCAGUUUUAACGAUUACACAAAACCCGAGAUACUCCGAGUGCCACUAGAGGAGCUCUGUCUUCACAUCAUGAAGUGUGAAUACGGCUCCCCAGAGGACUUCCUGUCUCUUGCCGUGGACGUGCCGCCUCAGCAGGCUGUCUGCAACGCGGUGAGCAUGCUGAGAAAGAUCGGUGCGUGUCAGAAGGAGGGAUACAAACUCACACCGCUCGGACUUCACCUCGCAUCGCUCCCCGUCGACGUCAAGAUCGGCAAGAUGCUCAUCUACGGCGCCAUCCUGGGCUGCCUGGAGCCGGUCGCCACCAUAGCAGCCGCCAUUUCGGAGAAAUCUCCGUUCUCCGUUCCCAUGAACAGGAGGGAGGAGGCCAACCUGGUCAGAGAAGCUUUAGCAACAGCCAACUCUGAUCACCUGACCAUUUACACCGCUUACCAAGGGUGGAAGAAAGCAAGUCGUGAUGGCCCUCGUGCUGAAAUGUCGUACUGCAGGAAACACUUCCUGAACCGAAACGCUCUCAUCACCAUCGAGAACAUGAAACAGGAACUCAUGCGCAUGGUGCAGCAGACCGGCCUGAGCUGCACCUCUCCACCUGCGUUCUCCAAACAGGAAGUGCCGGUUGUGGUGGCCGUGCUGACCGCCGGUGUGUACGACAACAUAGGACGCAUCCUCCCGGUUCCCUCCAUCCUCCCUGAGGAGAGCGUGGCCUGCACGGUGGAGACGCCACAGGGGAAAGCGCAGGUCCAUCUGUCCUCCGUUAACCGCAACCUCCAGACGUAUGGCUGGCUCCUCUACCAGGAGAAGGUCAAAUACUCAAAGGUGUAUUUGCGCGACACCACCCUCACAUCUCCGUUCCCCAUCCUGCUGUUUGGUGGCGACAUCGACGUUCAGCACCGGGAAAGACUCGUCUCUGUGGACGGAUGGAUCCACUUCCAGGCCCCAGUGAGAAUCAGUGUGAUCUUUAAACACCUGCGUCAGCUCCUUGACCUGCUGCUGGAGAGAAAGUUGGUGAAUUCCAAACACAGUCUGGAAGAUGAGAAGACCAUACAGAUCAUUCUAGAACUGAUUAAAUCUGAGAAAAUUCCACGCUGAAGCACCAGAGCGCAUGCUGGAAAAAUAAUGAAAUCUUGUAUCGUGUAAAUGUUACCAAAUAAAACCAAGAAGUAUUUUAAUUCUA